GGACCUGGGGUUGAUGUUCCUGCUCCCGAUAUGGGCACCGGUGAACGGGAAAUGUCUUGGAUAGCCGAUACUUACGCGAAAACUAUUGGCCAUCUCGAUAUCAACGCUCACGCUUGUGUCACUGGCAAACCCAUCAAUCAGGGUGGCAUUCAUGGUCGCAUUUCUGCCACAGGACGUGGAGUGUUCCACGGAUUAGAAAAUUUCAUCAACGAAGCUAGUUAUAUGAGCAUGAUUGGUACUACGCCCGGCUGGGGAGGCAAAACAUUUAUUCUUCAAGGUUUUGGUAACGUGGGUUUGCACUCUAUGCGUUAUUUACAUCGCGCGGGCGCUGCAUGUAUAGGAGUGAUCGAACACGAUGGAUCUAUUUGUAAUCCAGAAGGUAUCGAUCCAAAGGAAUUGGAAGAGUAUCGUAUAGAAACUGGUACUAUCAUUGGUUUCCCUGGGGCCGAGCCAUAUAAAGGCGAAAAUCUCAUGUAUGAGCCGUGUGAUAUAUUUAUACCCGCUGCCAUAGAGAAAGUAAUUACCAAAGAGAAUGCGGGACGUAUCCAGGCAAAGAUUAUUGCAGAGGCUGCUAAUGGACCGACUACUCCUGCUGCAGAUAAGAUUCUGGUCGAUAGGAAUAUCCUUGUAAUCCCGGAUUUGUACAUUAACGCUGGUGGUGUCACAGUUUCGUUCUUUGAGUGGUUGAAGAACUUGAAUCAUGUGUCGUAUGGCCGUCUAACUUUCAAAUACGAAAAGGAAUCUAAUUAUCAUCUCUUAGAAUCGGUGCAAGAAUCUUUAGAGCGUAGGUUUGGUCGUGUCGGUGGCCGUAUUCCCGUUACACCAUCCGAAGCCUUCCAAAAACGUAUAUCUGGCGCUUCUGAAAAAGAUAUUGUCCAUUCUGGUCUAGACUAUACAAUGGAGAGAUCUGCUAGGGCUAUUAUGAAGACUGCCAUGAAAUUCAAUCUCGGACUCGAUUUAAGAACAGCGGCAUAUGCCAAUUCGAUUGAAAAAAUAUUUACUACUUAUUCGGAAGCUGGCCUCGCUUUUUAAAUAUAUUAUUAUAUUGUAUGUAUGCAGCAAGUAUCGUAUUAAUGUGCGAUAAAGAUGAAGUCAGUUUUUAUCGUAAAAACCGCAAGAGGUUUAAAAGAUAAUUAUGAGUAACGAUUAUGUCAAGUAAUAAAGGGCAAAAUAUUCAAAAAUUGCGAUGGAAUAUUUGAUGCAAAAUUAUCACUUUUGUCGUGUUUUGCAUUGUGACGGUUUGCCUAGUUACUGCAGAUAAGAGUCGUAUAGACCGGAUAUUAUACCAUUAAAUAAUAGCACGAGAUAAAAAAAAAUCGACCAUUUUUUUUCUAAGAUAGAAAAGGUCCAAUGCAUUUUUAUAUUUCAAUUUUUAUGUAUAGAUAUGAAGAAGUAUUAUUAUAUAAAGCUGCCGUUGAGACAAUUCGCUAUUUAUAAGUAGCGGAUUUAUAAUUCAUUAUUCUCUUGAAUAUGCCAUUUUGACGAUAUUGUUGUAUUUCUAAUAUUGCACUUAUAUAAAGAAAAUUAUUUACGAUUUUAUCUUACGACAAGAAAUUGACUCUUACAGAGCAAAAAGAGCAAUGAGCGAUAUAUCUGGUCAGAUAUACAAUGUUAUGCAACAUAAUUGUUAUACAUAUAUGAUAUUCUGUUAAUAAAGAUACUCAAUUCCGAAA